AUGAGACCAUCAAACCUUCCAGCGAAAUGCACGGAGGAAGCGCUGCGUCACAAGGCAGAGCACGCCCGCAUGGUCGAGGCGGCACGGCGGAGGGUAGAGAGGGAAGUGGCGGCGAGGCACGCCAAGCUGCAGGAGUCGCUGCGGCAGGAGGAGCGGCUGGCGAGGCACGCGCGGGAGUGGACGCAGACGAUACUGCCCGACUGGCAGAAUAUGAAAAACACAAAACGGACUCUAGAGCUAUGGUGGUGCGGGCUACCACCAGCUGUUAGAGGUAAGGUGUGGCAACUAGCCAUAGGGAACAAGUUGAAGAUAACGCACGAAAUGUACCAGGACUACGUGGCGAAAGCCAAGCAGAAGUUACAAGAAGCACAGCUCAGAAGGAAGCGGUUAAAAGUUAAUCAGGGAUGUGGUUGCGUCCCUAGGAAAGAUAAAGCAAAAUUCGAUGACGUGCUGCCGACAGACACUAAAAAAGAUAAGAAAGAUGACGAGAAACGUUUAGGUAUACCUAGGAAUUUCAGCGAGCAGAAUUUGAAGUCGCACACAGAAGACAGUGAGCCUAAGAAGUGUUGUUCGAAGUCGAAUCCUGAUCUGCUGGACUAUGGUGAUGAGUGUUCGAUGGA